AUGACGGAGCACCUUCUGAAAGUUCUCAUUGUUGGUGACGGAAACGUCGGCAAGUCUUCCUUUGUUCAUCGCUACGUCAGCGGACAGUUCAACAAGACCUACAAGAUGACGGUGGGAGUGGAUUUCUCCGUUAAGCUGCUGCACUGGUCGGAUAAAGAGAAAGUCCGACUGCAACUCUGGGACAUCGCAGGCCAAGAGCGUUUCAUAUCCAUGACCAGGAUCUACUAUAAAGGGGCGCUGGGCUGUGUGGUGAUGUUUGAUGUCACCAGUUCCUCCAGUUUCUCCAGCUGUCGCCACUGGAAAGAGGACCUGGACAAUAAGGCCAUGCUGCCCAACGGACACUCCAUCCCCUGCAUCCUGGUUGCUAACAAGUGCGACCUCGCUCACAGGGCUGUCUCUGCAGACACCAUCGACAGGUUCAGCAAAGCCCACGGCUUCAUUACAUGGAUGGAGACUUCAGUCAAAGACAACAAGAACGUUGGAGAAGCCAUGAGGAUGCUGGUGCAGGAGAUUCUGUCGGUUCAGUCCACCAUGGACCAGAUUCACCGACCUGAAGUCCGAGUUUAUCCUGACCCGGACUCAGAGUCCAGCAGAAGCUCAGGAGGAGAACGAGGCUGCUGCUGAAACCACAGCAGGAAGUACUCUUCAUGUGCACGUGAAGCGUAGGACUGUGAGCUGUUAGCAACUCAA